AUGGCCUUCGAAGACCGUUGCCUACGCGUAGCAAUGCUCAACGCCGAUACAUCGGUCCCAAACGUAUAUGCCAACCUUGGCACUUUUGGCGACAUUCUACACCAGAAAUUGCUUGCUGCAGCGCAUCGGACGUAUGGCCAUUUGUCUAUCGUACACUCGGUCUAUAAUGUUGUCAAAGGCGAAUAUCCUGUUUCGUUAGAUCAAUUGGACGCCGUCUUUAUCACCGCAUCGGCGGCUUCUUCGUACGGCGAUGAAGCUUGGAUCAAGGGACUGGAAGACUACAUCGUGAUGGUGUACAAGACAAAUCCCGAAAUCAAAUUGUUCGGCAGCUGCUUUGGCCAUCAUAUUAUAUGCCAGGCCUUGUUGAAGGACCAUGGUGUGCGCGUUGCGAGACACCCGAACGGCUGGGAAAUUGGGGUCAGCCAAGUCGAAUUUACAGAUGAGUUCAGGGAGGCAUUUCCCGACCUCCAGUCGGCAGCUGUCAAAAACAGCUGUCUGCGACUGCCCAACCGGCUGCCAAGCCCUGAGAGUGACCAUACAGAUGAGAAGAACAAGCCAUCAUGUCACGUCCGGAGCGCAGAUCGCAUGGUUCCUCGAAAAGCCUACCUGCAGUUCGUGCAUGCCGAUGAAGUUGUCCUGCCAUCGCCAGAAUUCUUGCUACCAGAGCCAUGGAUGUUGUUGGGCUCCACAGAGCAUUGCAAAGUCUCUGGGAUCUAUCAACCCGGGCGGGUGCUUACACUUCAGGGCCAUUUUGAAUUUGACACGUUCGAGAAUCGGGAAACUAUGAGAAUUUUUGGUGCCGAUGAGGGUUCCAACCUGGCAGAAGACAAUAGCCCUGGCGCCGGGCAGACCUCAGGACCAGAGUCCGAGGACGGUGACACCGUGGCGGACAUCGUUCUCCGGUUUCUGGCAGAACAAUGGGCUGACACUUGGGUGAGAAGUGACAAAUUUUCAGAGCAUGGUGAUCUACCAACACCAUGA